AACUAUAAUAACCAUGGUACUGGAGGACUCUGAGAGCAGUGUCUUUGAGCUGGACAUCACUGAGGAUGAUGUGGAGACCUCCUUUGGAAGGGUGCAUUGCACCAUGAAGGGUGUCCCAAAGGGCAACCGUCCCACCAUCCUGACCUUCCAUGACAUCGGACUGAAUCAUAAGAGCUGUUUUGAGUCAAUGUUUCAUCACAAAGACAUGCAUGAGAUCUUGCAACACUUCGCUGUGUGCCAUGUUGAUGCCCCAGGACAGCAGGAGGGUGCCAGCACGCUCUCCACAGACUAUACCUACCCUUCAAUGGAUCAGCUUUCUGAGAGCCUUCCUAUGGUCCUCAAUCAUUUUGGCCUAAAGAGUGUGAUUGGAAUGGGGGUCGGUGCUGGAGCCAAUAUCCUCUCCCGCUUUGCACUAAAACAUCCAGACAUGGUUGAAGGUCUUGUUCUGAUUAAUAUGAGCACUCAGGCAGAGGGUUUCAUGGACUGGGCAGCACAAAAGAUUACAAGCUGGACUCAUGCUCUCCCUGAUUCUGUCAUUUCACACCUGUUUGGGAAGGAGGAGAUUCACAACAACCACGAACUAAUCGCAACCUUUCGUCAGCUCAUGAACAACAUUAACCAGUCCAACCUGCAACAGUUCGUCAAGUCCUACAAAAGCCGAAAGGAUCUGGAGAUAGAGAGACCAGUACAAGGAGGAAACGUUAAUGCAAAAACCCUUCAGUGUCCAGCUUUGCUCAUAGUGGGUGAUAAUUCUCCAGCUGUGGAUGCUGUAGUUGACAGCAACUCCAGAAUGAAUCCAACAACGACCACUUUUCUCAAGAUGGCUGACUGUGGUGGCCUGCCUCAAGUUGACCAGCCUGGCAAACUGAUAGAAGCUUUCAAAUAUUUCAUCCAGGGCAUGGGCUACAUGCCCUCUGCAAGUAUGACCCGUCUGGCUCGAUCUCGUACGGCCAGUAACUCCUCCAACCGGACCCGCAGCGGCACAACGGACGAGCACCGCGGACGGUCCCACACGGAUGUGUCCAUGGAAAGCGCCUGUGCGGAGCACAGUUCAUCGGGUCACUCAGUUUCCGUCGAGUUGACCUGCUGAACGUGAUAACACACCUCAGCAGUUUAACCUAGACCUGAAAUUUACUGAAGCUGUUU